AUGAACUCCUUGUGGGAAGCCAGUGGUGCCUUUGCCAUCCGCCUUUUAAAGCUUCUUGGUCAGGAGAACCCUGGGCGCAUGUCUUCUACUCUCCCUUCAGUCUUCUCCACCUUAGUCAUGGUCCUGCUGGGGGCCAAGGGCAGCACAGAGGCCCAGAUAGUCCGGACGCUGGCAUUAAACGCAGAGGACUUUCACAGGGGCUUCCAGUCGCUUCUCACCCAAGUGCACAGGCUGGGCACUCCAUUUUCCCUCAGCAUAGCCAACGGGCUCUUUGGAGAAGAGAGCUGCCAGUUCCUUUCUUCAUUUCAGGAGUCCUGUCUGCAGCUCUACCAGGCGGGGCUGGAGCAGCUGUCCUUUACCAAAGAUGCAGAGAGGUGCAGGAAACACACCAAUGCUUGGGUGUCCAGAAAGACUGAAGGCAAAAUUGAAGAGUUGUUGGCAAAAGAUUCAAUUGGAGAGUACUGCAGGCUGGUUCUCAUUAACAGUGUCUACUUCAAAGGAAGGUGGGAGGAACAGUUUCCAGAGUCGAACACAACACUGAUGCCUUUCAAAAUAAACCGGAAAGAAGAGAGGCCAGGGCAGAUGAUGUUCCGGAGAGCCACGUUUCCUUGGGCCCACGUGAGCGAGCUGAGGGCUCGGGUGCUGGAGCUGCCCUAUGUGGGCCAGGAGCUGAGCAUGGUCCUGCUGCUCCCGGACAAAGGUGUGGACCUCAGCACGGUGGCAAAAGAACUCACAUUUGAGAAGUUCCAAACCUGGACCCGUCCAGAGCACAUGAAGAGGACCAAAGUGGAAGUUUUCCUCCCGAGAUUUAAACUGCAAGAGGAUUACAACAUGGGCUCUGUGCUGCAGCGUCUGGGCGUGGUGGACGCCUUUCAUCCUGGCAAGGCCGACCUGUCCGGGAUGUUGGCCGACAGCGACCUGUGUGUGUCCAGGUUCGUGCACAAGAGUGUGGUGGAGGUCAGCGAGGAAGGCACGGAGGCUGCAGUGCCAUCACAGUGUGAUAUUUCAUGGUACUGUGGUGAGCUUUUGCCGAUAUUCCGUGCUGACCACCCCUUCCUGUUCUUCAUCAGGCCCAACAGCACCAACAGCCUGCUGCUCUGUGGCAGGUUCUCGUCUCCAUGA